AGCGCAUUCUCCCAGGGCACCACCCGCCUGUCAUUUCUCUCUCUCUUGCUCCGCAGCCCGGCCAGAAUUGGGGGGUGUUCGCCGGGAGAGACGUGAAGAAGGGGUGCCGGAGGCCUUGCCAAGCGCUUGUCAAGGAGUGUGAAAAUGAAGCUGGUUUCCUGCAUCUUCCUGGCCACCCUGCUGAAAGCUGCCUUCGCCCAAGAAGACCCCAAUACUUACACGGAAUGCACCGACGGCUAUCAGUGGGACGCCGAAACUCAGCACUGCAAAGAUAUCAACGAAUGCGAGACCAUCCACCACGCCUGCAAAGGGGAGAUGAAGUGCAUCAACCAUUAUGGGGGAUACCUGUGUCUCCCCCGUUCUGCCUCAGUCAUCAAUGACGUGAAUGCCGAACGGGCCCCUCUUGACAGUCCCCCCAGGCCGAGACCUCGCCCGCCAGUCCAGCCCUCCGGCCGACCUCACACUUGCUCCCAGGGCUACGAGCCUGACCACUAUGGAUCGUGCGCGGACGUGGAUGAGUGUGAAUAUGAUUUGCACGACUGCCAGCCCAGCCAGCAGUGUAUCAACACCAUCGGUAGCUUCCACUGUCAGUGCCCGGAGGGCUACCGGAAGAUCGGCACAGAGUGCGUAGACAUCGACGAAUGUCGUUACCGCUAUUGUCAACACCGUUGCGUCAAUUCCCCAGGAUCUUUCACCUGCCAGUGCGAAUCUGGAUUUCAGCUCGCCAGUAACAACCGCUCGUGUGUGGAUGUGAACGAGUGCGAGAUGGGAGCCCCUUGCAAGCAACGCUGUUUCAACACUUACGGGACUUUUAUCUGCCGCUGCAACCAAGGAUACGAGCUGGAUCACAACGGCUACACCUGCAAAGACGUGGACGAAUGCAGCUAUUCGAAUUACUUGUGCCAAUACCAGUGUGUGAACGAACCCGGUCACUUCUCCUGCGUUUGUCCUCAAGGUUACAACCUCGUGAACACCCGGCUUUGCCAAGACAUUAACGAAUGCGAAUUAGACACCAACCAGUGCACGGAGUCCCAGAACUGUGUGAACUAUCACGGAGGGUAUCGGUGCGUGGAGAAGAAACUCUGCCAAGAGCCUUACAUCCAUGUCUCUGAGAACCGCUGUGUGUGCCCGACCACGAACCCGCUGUGUCACGACAAGCCUUCCUCCGUUAUCUACCGGUACAUGAGCAUCUUAGCGGAUCGGCCGGUGCCCUCGGACAUUUUCCAAAUUCAAGCCACCACCUUCUACCCAGGAGCCUACAACACCUUCCAGAUCCGUUCAGGCAACGAGGAUGGAGAAUUUUACAUCCGGCAAAUCAGCAACAUCAGUGCCAUGUUGGUUCUGUCUCGGGCCGUGGUGGGUCCCCGCGAGUUUGUGCUGGAUUUAGAGAUGGUCACCGUCAAUAACCUGAUGAGCUACCAGGCCAGCUCAGUGCUCCGCCUCACCGUCUUCGUGGGGGCUCAUCCGUUCUAGUUGCGGGGGCGGGCAGAUCUCCCUCCUUACCUGCCGUGGCAAGGAAGGAAAGGGGAAACGUCUGUCCAAGACGGAGAAACAAAUCAAACAACAAAGGAACGCAACUCUACAGGUGUGAAAAAACGGGAGUCAAAUGCUCUCAUGGACUUCCCUACCAGCUGUUCACCAGAAUCACCCAUUGCCUGACCUGGACAGAACCAGAUCCGUUGAUUAAAGAUCUUUGUGGCCAUCCUGGACCCGAUCCCCCCCACUCCAAUCUUAGCAUCGUUCCUUGAUCCCUAAUGUCAGCCAAAAAUGCAACCUUGUCUCCUGUUGCCCAAGGAGAACAAUUUGAGGAACUUAUCCCUGCCCUUGGAAUGGACAGAUGACAAUUUGAACCUUUCAGUAGAAUUCCAUUUUUAUUUCUCUGGUUUAAAGAGAAAACAAGAGAGAGAGAGAAAGAGAGAGAGAGAAAAACAAGAGCAACGAGGUUUAGUAAAAAUUUGUUUUCUGGAAAAAAGGAAAGACGGUGAGCAAGGAAAUUUGUGGCGUCCGCGUCGCCAGCUGGUUUGGGGAGGAUUUGAAACCGGAGCAGCAGGCGGGCGUUAAGCAAAGGCGGAAGGCGUUAAGCAAACCGGGGGCGUGGUUUGGCUGAAAACCCCGAAGUCACGUGAUCUGCAUUUGGAUGCUUGGCAACUGGCAUGUACUUUUGACGGAUUGCGUGAUUGCUACCUUCCCAGCCUGCUUCUGACAAGCAGAGUCCCUGGGGGAAAACUAGAUUCUCUUUAACGACCAUGCGAUUCGCUUAAGAACCUCAGUGAUUCGCUUCACCACCGAAGCAAAAAAAAGAAAAGUUGUAAAAAUCAGGCACGGCUCACUUAAUACGCGCCUUGCUUAGUUCAGGGAGUCCUCGGCUUGCAACCGUUCGCUUAGCGACCGUUCGAAGUCACAACGGCACAG